UUAAUCACGGUUUGUCUUCAGAAACUCCUCAAUAAAGUGAGUCUGGGUCAUCCGGCGAAGUGCGCAGCGUACAGUCCAAACGGUGAGAUGGUGUCCAUCGGGCUGGAGAACGGAGAGUUCAUCGUGCUGCUGGUGAAUUCACUGAGCGUAUGGGGCAAGAAGAGAGACCGCAGCGUGGCCAUCCAGGACAUACGGUUCAGCUCUGAUAACCGGCUGCUGGCCGUCGGCUCGGUGGAGUGUGCGGUCGAUUUCUACGAUCUGACUCUGGGUCCAUCUCUCAACCGGAUCGGCUACUGCAAAGAUAUUCCUGGAUUUGUGAUCCAGCUGGACUUCUCUGCUGACAGCAAAUACAUCGAGGUCUCUACCGGUUCAUACAAGCGUCAGGUUCAUGAGGUUCCCAGCGGGAAGAUCGUCACAGAACAAGCCCUGAUAGACCGGAUCACCUGGGCGACCUGGACCAGUGUUUUGGGUGACGAGGUGUUGGGCAUCUGGCCACGUAAUGCAGAGAAGGCAGACGUGAACUGCGCCUGUGUUUCUCACGCCGGGCUCAACGUGGUCACCGGAGACGACUUCGGACUCGUGAAGCUCUUCGACUUCCCCUGCUCCGAGAAAUUUGCCAAACACAAGCGAUACUUCGGCCACUCUGCCCAUGUGACCAACAUCCGUUUCUCUUACGACGACAAAUAUGUGAUAAGUGUAGGAGGCAACGAUUUGUGUUCGUUUGGAGAUGCAUCUGAUGGACCUCCACACAGCUCAGACAAAAAACAUACACUCAUAAGUCAUGCCAAUAUUUCAGAAAUAAUUGUAUUUUAUGUUCGGAUUCUGAAGUGCCUUGGAGACACAGUUUGCAGAUCUUUCCCCCCGAAAUGUUCAUAUGCAUAUAUGGUGCUAAAUGUCCACUUAAAGCUUUAUGCAAUUUCCUUUCUUCUUUAUCUAUCUAUCUUUUUACAUUUUGUACAUAAGUGUCAAAUAUAUCCACUCACUAAAUGCUCUUCCUGUUAAAAAUAUCGAACUAUCCAAAUACAUUGGACUCAGGAGAAACAAGUACUGUAAUGUGUAGAUGUUAUAUUUGACCUGUGCUAUUUUUGUUAAAAUAUGCAUUUUUUAUGUACGUAUUUACGUAUGACGUAUGCAAAUUAGUCGGUCGUUCUAUGGACAUAUAUGAAAAUAGACAAUGCAAAAAACUGCCUGUCCAAAUAUUAAAGUUAUAUGAAAUGUACGUAGUAGCAUUGUCUGUUGCGACGUGUGUAGAUUGUGACAGCAGCUGUGUAUUGUGUGCAGAUAUCACGUUAUAUCUGUCAUUUGUAUGUUCAUGUUUUUGUAAUUUGUCUGAUCAGAGCUCAGUCUAAUUGAAAGCUAUAUAAUAACGCAUGAAUCGAAGUCUAUGUGAUUGUUGAUCAUGAAUGGAUUCUGUUGUUUUAUAAAGAGAACUGUGCUCUCA